CGUAUCGACCAACAUGGCGAGUGGAUGCGCUGUCUGGAUAGUGUUGCUGGUAGGUGCUCUUGCUAUUAGUACAGCUAGCAGUGACAUUGGCACACCGUGCAAAGUGCUUUGCGACAAUGGCGCAGAAAUGACUACUUGUGAAAGAAGAACGGAAAUCUUCAAUUGCUGCGGUCCAUGCAGCGAACCGACGUGUGCGGAGCCGAAUCCGAAGCAGGACUGCAAGGAGGGAUGUAAAGCGGGUUGCUUUUGCCGAAAUGGAUACGUUCGUUUGCAUGACGGUGGUCCAUGUGUGCCAAUCGAUGACUGCAAGAAUACAUAUUAACAACACGACUUAAAUAACUUAAAUUUCUUAUUUCGGUCUUGCUGAU